AUGUCCGAACCACACCAACACGCGCUGAAUCCCUCUUCAAUGAGGCCAAUGGUUCAUUCUCCGUCUUCUCACAACAAGCAUACUUAUGAAAGAAAAAAAAACUCCGAAGAAGGCUUUAUGGGAGCAUUACGUUCUUGUAGUCAUUUUCUCAUUCAUUCACUCUAUUUAUUGUUAUACACGUGUUAUUUUAUAUAUCAUCAUGUGUGGGAGAGAUUGUUAAGCCAAAUGUUUGUGAUGCUGCUCGGAAUUAAUCCUUCUUCCUCUCCAACCUCACGAUAUACAUUUUCUCCAGACAAAUUGAAUGAAGAUAUGAUUAGUAAAUUUCCAAAUCAUUUAGCAAUUGCAAUUGAUACAGAAAUGCUUUCUCCACAUGUUCUCCAUCAUGAUGACCUUUCUCAAAAACGAGUUACAUGUUUAGAUGAAAUCGCCAUGAAGCAAAUUCAAAACAUGAUUUAUUGGUCACUGACAACUUUUUCAAAGCUGAAAAAUCACUCCAUUCAGAGUAUUGCAUUCUAUGAUAAAUAUGGAAUAUUGGAAAAGCAUGCAACACAAAUAUUCACCUUUAUUGAAAGAGUUCUGAAAAAUCAUGAAGUGAAAUUUACCGCCAAAAAUAUUCAAUUAUUAGAAACCAAACAAAAUAUUGAACAUGAAAUUCCAUGUUUAAAAAUUUCAACCAAGAAUAUUGUCCAUAAUCACACUCAAACCUUAGUUGUUCGAUUACUGAGUUUUCAAAACUGUGGAAAACCAAGUAUUACGAAAUUAGCCAAUUCCAUUUUUGAAGAGUUGAAGCACAAACAAGACAUGGAAAAUUUAAAAGAACUAGUAAGGCAUCAUGUGAGUGAGAAAUUGCAUCGUCACACCAAAGAAAAUAUUCCUGAACCAAACAUGUUAAUUUCAUUUAGCACUCCUGUUUUACUUCUUCAUGGUUUCUCUCCUCUGCAUUUGAAAUACACCCAAAUUAGUCAUGUUGAAAAGUGUUUUGUCACACAAUUCACUGAACAAGACUUUGUAAAAUGUGUAUUAGAAUAUGUCUCUUGUAAUCAAAGAUUUGGAAAAUAA